AUGCCCACGAAUUUAACAUUUGAUGGCAAUGGCAGUUGGGAAGCUUUCAUUUUUAAGUUUUCCAGAUAUGCUGAGAUGUGCCAGUGGUCAAAUGAGGAUAAACUGUGUGCGUUGUGCUGGACGUUGGAGGACAAAGCUUUAGAUUAUUAUGUAAUUUUACAUAAAAGUGGUGAAGUGCAAUCGUAUACUUCUUUAUACGAUAAACUGGAGGCUCGGUUUGGUGACCAAAUCUCACCAGAGGCAGCUCAAGGGCAAUUUUAUCAAGCUUUUCAAAACCCGAACGAAUCUCUUGAUGAUUUUGCAGACAGGUUAUGUUCCUUAGCCGAUAAAGCCUUUCAGGGGGUGUGUGCCCAAUUUAUAACAAGUCAGGUUAUAAAGUGUAUCAACACAACGACUCCUGAAAAUGGUAUAGUUCUUGGGAAUGAAAGGGGAAUCGGCAAAAAGAUUCGUUACAUGUGCAAUCCCGGGUACAAACCAAAAGACGACGGCGUAGAACCUGUAGCUGAAUGUCUUUACAAUGCUCAAUGGAGCCAUAUAACAGAAUGUGAAAAAAUACUGUAUACUUGGACUACUUGGUCGUCUUGGGGACAAUGUAGCCUUAGCUGUGGUGUCGGUCUAAGGACUAGGCAAAGGACCUGUUCAAUACCCUCAACAGGCGUAAAUGGAACAGAUUGUGAAGGAAACGAACAACAACCCGAUGAAUCAAAAUGCAAUGAACAAGACUGUCCGACACCUACAUUCCUGAAGAGUUGCGCAUCUGAUACAGAUUGCAUUGAGAAAGAGGGGAAGUGCACACACGGUUUUUGCCUAUGUAAGCACACGCAUUUCUACGAUGAUUCCACUAAGAACUGUACAAUUUGUACUCAGACGCAAACAUCCUUCGUGAUGCUACAUGAAAGAUUUAUACCGGAUAUUAAGAUUGGCAAAGAUCUUCUAGGUGUAACAGUUGAAAAAUGCAAAGAGAAUUGUACUAAAAAUGAAUUGUGCUUCUCGUUUGAUUUAUGGAAUGGUGACAGUUGCUCGUUUCAGUCAGUAUCGCUAGAGAUGGCACAAACUGCUGGCGAAAACGUGAAAAUUGAAGAAAAUGCAAACCUCGAUCUUUAUUUCCGAGAAUGUGUUUCCAAUGAUUUACCUUGACAUACUGUUGUUAAAGAACUAUACAUGUAUAAAGAAAAAUGUAUGCUAAAUGAAAUCUUAUAGUAUGUAGUUCUAGAUUCAUUGGAGGUGAAUUUGUGAGUUAGUGUAUUUACUUAUCAUUUAUAUGUAAAAUGUAUGCAUCUUUCAAAAGACCAAUGUACGGACUAUGAUAGAUAUGUUGCAUAAUAUUCAAUAUUACAGGUAGCAACUGAGUGUACAGAAAAAGAAAAA